CUGAGAAAAACGUUGAGAGAUCGCUCGCCGUUGUUCACAUUUUGUCUUCGAUUUCUGAAUUCCAAGAGGGAGAGAGAGAAGGCGAUCGUGGUAAUGGAGCCGUCGAAUCUCGCUGCGCUUCCCGAAGAAAGUUCGGAAGAACAAAACAACCAACAGCAACAACAAGAAGUAGCCUCUGCUUUUGCUUCUGUCCCUCGUCGCCCUCCCACUCAGAGUUCUUUACAGAAAUACUCACCUUUGGAUUGGAAGGACUACUUUGAUCAAGAGGACGAUAUUAAAAUCCCAGACACAAAUGAUGUAUUUCAUGUCUAUAUGGCAGGAACUGAAGGACCAGUUGUGUUUUGUCUGCACGGAGGUGGUUAUUCUGGGCUUUCAUUUGCUCUGUCAGCCGAAAUGAUUAAGGAGAAAGCUCGAGUUGUUUCUAUGGACUUGAGAGGACAUGGAAAGUCAACCACGGAGAAUGAUCUUGACCUAUCUGUUGAGACUAUGUGUAAUGACGUUUUCGCUGUACUGAAAGCAAUAUAUGGGGAUUCUCCUCCUGCAAUUGUGCUUGCUGGCCACAGCAUGGGUGGCUCAAUUGCUGUGCAUGUUGCUGCCAUGAAGAAAUUGCCGAGCUUGGCAGGAGUGGUUGUUGUGGAUGUUGUUGAGGGAACUGCUAUGGCGUCAUUGAGCCAUAUGCAGAAAAUCCUCUCGAGCAAGAUGCAGCACUUUUCUAGCAUUGAGAAAGCGAUUGAGUGGACCAUUAAGAGUGGAUCUCUAAGCAACAUUGAUUCUGCUCGUGUGUCGAUUCCUACAACAUUAAAGUAUGAUGAAUCAAAGAAAUGUUAUGUUCACCGGGCAAAGCUGGAAGAAACUGAACAAUAUUGGAAAGGCUGGUAUGAAGGACUUUCCGAAAAAUUUCUAUCAUCUCCUGUGCCAAAGCUCUUGCUUUUAGCAGGGACAGAUAGACUGGACAGAACUCUCACAAUUGGUCAAAUGCAAGGGAAGUUUCAAAUGGUGGUUGUCAGACAUACUGGGCAUGCUAUACAGGAAGACGUCCCUGAUGAAUUUGCAACACUGAUACUCAACUUCAUAUCACGCAACCGUAUUGGGCCUCAUGGAGCUGAGAUACCAGGUAUACGCUGGCCUUCACAAUUGCAAAAUUGAAUUAGGUUCUUGAUAAUUACUUGUUACCAACACCAUCCAUAUAAUGGUGCCUAUGUGCUACAUAGUGCGAUCAUGCUUUGGGAGCUAUGUCAAAGCUAUCAUUACAGUUGAUUAAUUUUCCCUUCUGGAGUUGUAUUUUGUUCUUGAACACAAAAGCAUCUUCAAUGUUUGAGGCCCUAUCACAACUCUCACCAUUCAACCUUGUUGAGUUACCACGUCCUCAGGUCGCUGUAAGAGAACUUAACAAUGCCAAUUCUCAACCGCACUUGGCCGUGCGUGAAAGCUUAUGUUCGUCAUAA